AUGUCGAUCUCAUCACCACUCUGGAAUGAAGUCGAAACUGUCCAAGAAAGAUUCAACCAAUUGUUGGGAAUGGCCAAUCCAUCAACGGCUUCGACCCUUGGAGGAGAGGUGAUUGGUGGCGUGCCAUUGCUUGGCGGAUUUUACCCAACUCCAACCCCUCUGUCGAUUAUCCCGGUCAGUGUUGAUCCAACCAGUUCACGGACAAAUCUUGGGGCCCGUCACAUCACUGCCGGUCUUUCCUAA